AACUUUAAACGUUCGAAGUGUUUUAAACUAAUCAUAAAAACAUUCAUUCAACAUGAUGUCCUAUUUUCAUCGAAACUCAAUGAAAACAACGCAAAAACAACCGUUUAUGUUGUUCAAAGCUGAUCUAUCUAAGUCAUCAAAAGAUCUUCUGCUUCAACUUCAUCUUGAACGUGAAAAAGUAUUGAAAUUAUUUCAGGAAUCAAGCCGAAGUCGAGUACAACAAAUAUUGGAAGAAUUAAAUCAAUCUAUUGUUAAUUAUACUGCCCUUUUUCGUGGAUUUGCAAUCUCACCGUUGCAUGAUCUUGGUGGCCUUUCAGAUACAUUUUCAAUCAUUCAUCCAUCUCCAUUACGUCGAAUGUAUUCAUUUGAAUGGACAGAUUCAAUCGGUGAACGGCAAUUGACGAUCGUUGGUGAUUCAUUUGUCGAAUUAGCUUCAAUACUUUUUAAUUAUGGACUUUGGCUAAUGAAAUGGUCAACGUCAAUUAGGACAUCGAGUAGGACAUCAAAAUCAAAAAUAUCGAGAUCAUCUUCGUCGAUUAUUGCGAAUCCAAUUGUAAAUCGUGGACAAACAACACCAAUCUCAGCACUAAUUAAGGCAGCCGGACUGUUUCGUUAUAUACGGGAAAAUUUAGGCCGAUUUUUGAUACAAAGUGAUCAAGAAAACAUUUUCGGUACCGAUUUAGAUCCGGAUGUCAUUCGUGCUUAUGAAUUCCAGUGUAAUGGAGAAGCAAGAGAAUUUCUUUUUCUUUCUAUGAUUAAAGGCAAACAAAAAAAACAAUCAAAGAAAAAAACAUCGAAAUCUUCAGUGAAAACAAAUAAAACCAUUGAUAAUAAAAAAAGAAAUAUAUCACCUUCAUUUACAUCGAAAACAAUCGAAAAAACGCAACGAUCAUUAAUGGAUCUGAUACGUUUGGCUCGUAUGACACGUGAACAAUAUCGUCAAUCUUCGGAUUCGAUUGCAACGUCUAUGGAACGUAGAAUAAAAAAAUGGCAUUGUUAUUUACUCAUGAAGAAAUACUUGUUCGAAGGCUGGGAAUAUAUCUUGCUACUACAGGAACGUUCGCAACCACAACCAAUGGUCGAUUUUGAUUAUGCUCCUUUGAGUAUGGAUGAUGAAAAAGUUUUCUGGCAUAAAAUUAAUGAAUGUUUACAAGUUAUUAAUAUUUUGAGUAUCAAAUACAAUAAAUAUGGACAAGAAUUUGCCAAAAAUGAUCCAAAUUCGUGGACGAGUCGUGUGAUUGAUGCAAAAAAAUUCCUUAAAAAUUUUCAAAAUCACGUAAAUAUGGUUAGCGAAGAAAGACGCAUUAAGGCCUUAUCUUUAAUGGCGGAUAAUCCGAUCACGAAUAGAACAAUGGUUUCUACAAAUAUAUUGGAUAAAUUUGUUCGACCAGUAAUAUUUCAUCUACCCAGAUUACAUGACUAUUGGACUGCUGUUGUAAGUCUUGAGUUUGGUGUCGAAAUAUUUAUUCCGAAUUAUGAUCCAUCGUCUCCAACUAAUAUAAAAGUUGCAAAUGUCAAUCUUAUUACACCAUUAUGGCCACAACGAUUUACAACAUUAAAAAAAACUACUCAGGAUUUGGAAAAUUUCGAUCAAUCAUUAGAUGGUCAAUGUCCUGAAUUUCGAAAUUGUUGUCUAAAAUUGAAAAAAUUACGAUUUGAACUACAUUCGAUGUUCGUUGAAGAGGUUAAUCUAAAAACAGUCGAAAAAUUGACUGAUUUCAAACAACAAUUGUUUGAUAAAUUUAAUAAUUAUAUUUCAUGGGCUGCCGGUCUAUUGGCCAAUAAUCAAUCAAGACAAUUAUUCGGAUUUUGUUGGUCAAGCUCCAUUGAUCAAAAUAUUCGUUUUAUAGUAUAUGAUAUUGAAUUUGAAAUUUGUUCAACAAUUUAUGUUUUAGCUAUAUGGCUCUAUAGAUCUGUAUAUGAUUUGUUAUUACCCACUGAUGAUGAAAAAGAGACUAAUUGGAAAAAUCGUGAUUUUGAUUUUUUAAUUCAAACUUUACGUGAAUCGGCCGGUAUGUUUCAAUAUUUAUUAGAAAGAACUAAAUCGAACAAAUAUUUUAGCGAAAAUGAUUGUGAUUUUCUCGAACCGAUUCUUCGAUCAUAUCGAAAUCAUUGUCUUGCUGAAGCUCAAGAACUUUUAUUUCGUUUGUCAACAAUAAGUUGGAUACAAUUAAAAGUUGCCAUUCGAAUAUUACAAUUAUAUUGGGCAAUCAAUGAAGAUUUAAAUGAUUCGGCUACCAUAACCACUACAAAUCGACCUGAAUGUACGGAAAAAAUUAAUUGGCGAUUAUUUUGUCAGAUGAAAUCUUAUCUAUACAAAGCACUUGGAUAUUUUUAUCUAAGCGAAAUGUAUCCUAAAUCUGGUGAACGUACGUUAGCAGCUUUGCAAAAAUGUCGAGCAUUGUUCAAAUUUUUUAUCAAACAACUUAAUGACAAUAAACAAAAUCUACCAUGGAUUGUUGAUAAUAAACGAUUCGAUUAUUUUGAAAAAGUUAUAGAAGAACGUUUUCAACGAAUGUGCAUACAUUUUGUUCUUAAUAAUCAUGAUAAUUAUAUGAAAAAAAAUGAUAUUAAUUUGGAUACUGUUCUACUUAAUCGACAAUUAGAUUCAAUGUUAUUGUUGCAACCGAUUAAAUUCUAUCAACCAAAAGUUGAUGAAUUUUGGCUUAAAGAUAAUACCAUUCAACAAGCAUUGAUGGAUUUAACCAAAACAUCAUCAACAGCAAAAGAAGUUGAAAAUGCUACAACAAAUGUUAGUAGUAGUCUAAAUUUUCCUUCAAAACCGAUUGCAGUCAUCAAACAUAAUCUAUCAGCAACAAAAUCACAAUUAUCGGAACUAGAAAGAAAAAUUCCAUCAAAAACUAUGAUUAUCAUUGCAUCACCUGCAGAUCAGAAGAUUGCUAUUGGCCAAAAAAACAACAAUAAUGAUGAUAAAAAUAUAAAUAAUGAGGAUAAAAAACCAAUAGAUGUGGGAUUAAGAUAUUUUAUCAAACCCAAAAAUAAUGGAUGUGAUAGAAAUAUAUUUUUGUGA